UACAGUUCAGUUAGUCUUUAAAGAGUAUUCAAGCGUUAAAGUUGUCGUUCGCGCAACAAAAUAUAUUUAUGAAUCAUUCUAUUGCGCUAAAUUUUUGAUCGUGUUGCAAAAAAAAAAAAUAACAACAAAUAGAAAAAAAAUCGCGUGCUUUCACUAUUUUUUAAAUUUACACGAAAUUUAAGGAAAGCGUUUUUUUUUCCUACUUCAGUUUUCUCAACACGUAACCAAACCAUACCUUUUUGGAUUAAUUUGUUUUUGGAUUACUUCGCAUACAAGCAACUUAAUUUUAUUAUUGGGUAUUUCUUUGUUUUUUUUUUUCGGGGAAUUAAUAUUAAUGGUGAAAUUUUUAAUAAUAAGGUGAAAAUUAACAAAUAUAAAGAAAAAAGAGAAUAAGAAAAUACUUUCAAUUUGUGACUGAGUCACCAGCAGCAACUUCAUAAAUAAAUUAUUAAAACACCGUCUCACCGUAUUUUGAGAACAAAAAUUCCCUUUUAUUCUCAAAUAUUUAUUCACAAUGAUCAAUCAGUAUGUGAACAUUUUUUUCAAAUGAAACAUCAACUUUAAACUGUAAAUUACCUGCGGUUUGAUUUUGUAUUAAAAAAACCUUGAUCUUUUUCAAGUUACAAGCACAAGCGGUAAAAAAAAAAAUUAUUAAAAAAUAUUAAAAUAAAUUUAUUGUUUUUGGUGAUCAUAUUAAAAAUUCAACCAGAUCACUAUACAGAAACUAAUAUAUAGGAAGAAUUUAAUGACCAGUUUAUUAAAAUAAACAAGAAAUUUAAAGCAUAAUAUUAAAAAUUCACAAAAAAUCGCUCUGGGGUGUAGCAAUACAACUAAUCCAAUACAAAAUUUAAAUUCAACAACCUCAAAAAUUUGAAUAAACACCAUUAAAAUUACAAUUAAAGCAACAAGAAACAACAACACAACAAAGUAGAAAGAAAGAAAAAAAAAUGUCUUUGACCGAAAAUUUCAUAGUUCCGGAUUUUUAUUAUAAUGAUUUUGGUAUACCAACAUUAUACAAUAAUGAUAAUUUUUUUAAAAACAGUUUACCAACAACAACAGCAACAACAAAAAUAAAAACUAGUAAAACAACAGGUUAUCAAAUGAAAAUCUCAACAGGAAAUUUAAAUAUAGAGCAAAAAAUUAAAAGAAAAUCAUUAAUACCGUUAUCAAUUCGAUCAGUAAUACCACCACCACCAACACAAACAACAUCAAUAUCACCAACAUCAUCAUCGUCAUCACAAUCAUUAUUAUUUCAACAUAAAACCCAUAAUAAUAAUUCAAAAAUACCAUUAGAAAUAUCUAAUUGUUAUAAAACAGCAACAACAACAACAAUGAAAAAAAUAACAAAACCAAGUAGAUUAGCAACAAAGGUAACAAAAACUACUAUAAAAACUCAUAAUAGAUUAGACAAUCAUAAUAAUAAUAGCAAUAGUAGUGAUAUUUAUAUAUUAAAUAAUUAUUACUGUGAUAAAAAUAACCAAAAUAUUUUUAAAAAAUAUGAUAAACCAAAAAAAUUAUUAACAAAACGUUCAACAAUUUAUCAAAAUUAUGAAAUGUUACCUAAACUGUCAUCAUCAUCAUCGUCAUCAUCACUGUCAUCGAAAAUAAUACCAAAAACAACAAUGACAAUAAUGCAACAACAAAAAAACAAACAAGAUCCGUUAUUAUUAUCAUCAGCACAAUCAUCAAUGUUAUUAACAACAGCAACUACUACAACAAAAACAACAAUAUUACCUAAAACAAGAAUAAUUUUAACAAAAAAUAAUUCAAAUGAUAAAAUUAUAUAUAAAAAAUCAUCGAAAUUUAAUUGUAAUAAUAAUAUUAAAAAUAAUAGUAGUAGUAAAUCGAUGAUUUAUUAUGAUAACAGUAACAGUAAUAAUUAUUAUAAGAGUAAUGAAAAUUUAAAUCAUAAUAAUGAAUUGAUAAUGAAUGAAUUUGAAAAUGAUAAGGAACAUAAAAAUUAUAUAAAUAAUAAUAUUAAAAAAAUAAAUUAUGGAAAAAGAAUUAAAAUUUCAGAAAAUUCUGAAAAUCAUAAUUAUUAUCAACAACAAUCAUUGGAUAAUUGCCCAAAUUAUGAAAAUUUUACAACCAAAAAUAUUCAACAGAAUAAUAAUGAUAGUAAUGAUCAAGAGAAUGUCAUUAAUCAACAACAAUUGGAUAAUCGGAUUACAUAUGAUAUGGCCACCAAAAUUAUAAAAUUUUAGCAAAAGAAAAAAAGCCCAGAAAUAAAAAAAUUAAUUUAUAAUUUAAAAUAGCAAUAAGAGAAAUCACUUGAGAAAGAUAGAGGACAAAUCAACAAAAAAAGAACAACCAAAUAUAAAAUUAGAGAGCCAAAAUUCAAUCAAAAUCUUUGCCGUAAUCGGAUACAAAACUAAAUAGUACAUACAAAAUUGUGUAUAUAUGUAGUAUCAAGUAGUAUAACACUAGUAUAGUUUGAAAUAUUGAAACUUAAGUGCUAGUAUAUAAGUAAUACAAAUAUAACUAUGUAUGUACAUAUUAUAUAAUUAUAAUAUAAAAUUUCAAAUUGAUCUUAUAUAUAAUAUAUAUAUAUAUAUACUGAAUGACAUUGUCAAUGAUGAUGAUGAUGCUGGCAAUAAAAAAAAAUUUUUUUUUUUAUAAUGUACGACGACACUAAAAUUAUAAAAUGAUGAAGAUGAUUUUGUGAUAAUUAAUGAGAAUAAAAACAAAAUUAUUAUAUUAUGAUGAUUGAAAGAAAUAAAAGAUUAGAUUUAA